CUCUCACACACACACUCUCACACACACUACAAUAACAACUUACUAAUAUUAAGAGUAUUAACACUUCUAACACUGAGACUAAUCAGGAUGGAGCUCUGGUGGAGUUUAUCAGCUGAGACCUGGGCUCUGAUCAUCAUCCUCAUCAGCCUCAUCCUGCUGUAUGGGUACUGGCCGUACGGGUUUUUCAAGCGGUUGGGAGUUUCCGGUCCCAAACCCGUACCAUUUUUUGGAACCAUGUUAGAGUAUCGUAAGGGAAUACAAACCUUUGAUAUGGAGUGUUUCCAGAAGUACGGCAGGAUAUGGGGUAUAUACGACGGGAGACAGCCGGUCCUCUGUGUCAUGGACAGAGAAAUCAUCAAAACUGUCCUGAUUAAAGAGUGUUACUCUCUCUUCACUAACCGCAGAAAUUUCCGUCUGAACGGCCCUCUGUAUGACGCCGUGUCCAUCGUCGAGGACGAGGAUUGGAGGAGAAUCAGGAGCGUUCUGUCUCCGUCCUUCACCAGCGGAAGACUGAAGGAGAUGUUUGGAAUUAUGAAGUCCCAUUCUCACACUUUGGUUAAAAAUCUGCAGAAGACGUCGGAGCAAGGAGAAUCAGCAGAUAUCAAAGAGUUUUUCGGAGCGUACAGUAUGGACGUGGUGACGAGCACAUCGUUUAGUGUCGAUAUCGACUCCCUGAACAACCCCAAAGAUCCCUUCGUAUCCAACAUCAAGAAAAUGCUCAAAUUUGACUUUCUCAACCCCCUGUUCCUCACCGUUGCGCUCUUCCCCUUUACUGCACCACUCUUUGAGAAAAUGGAAUUUGCCUUUUUCCCGACUGCAGUGACUGAUUUCUUUUACGCCUCGCUGCAAAAGAUCAAGUCUGAACAUAUGACUAAGGAUCAUAAGAGACGAGUGGACUUCAUGCAGCUGAUGAUCGAUUCUCAGAAAUCAGAAAACGACCAUCUGAAUGUUAAGGGUCUGAGUGAUCAUGAGAUCCUGUCCCAGUCAAUGAUGUUUAUCUUUGCUGGUUAUGAGACGAGCAGCAGCACACUGUCAUUUCUUUUCUACAAUCUGGCCAGUAAUCCCGAGACCAUGAAGAAACUACAGAAAGAAAUAGACACAACUUUCCCUAACGAGGGUGAAGUUGAUUAUGAUGGUGUGAUGAACAUGGAUUAUCUGGAUGCUGCUCUGAACGAGUCGCUCAGGUUGUACCCGGUCGCACUUCGCCUGGAGAGAGUCUGCAAAAAAACUGUUGAAAUAAGUGGCAUUACAAUCCCUAAGGACUCAGUCGUUAUGGUCCCCAUUUACGCCCUGCAUAGAGACCCUGAAUACUGGCCUGAUCCAGAGACCUUCAACCCUGACAGGUUCACUCAGGAGAAUAAGGAGAGCAUCGAGCCGUAUGCGUACAUGCCGUUUGGGUUAGGACCCAGGAACUGCAUCGGGAUGAGGUUCGCCCUCGUGAUCAUGAAGCUGGCUGCUGUUCAGAUACUGCAGAGAUUCGACAUCAGUCUUUCUGAGGAAACGAAGGUUCCUCUGGAGCUGAACAACAGUGGACUUCUGGCUCCUAAAAACCCCAUAAAACUUAAAUUCACACCGCGGAAAAUGACCAACUCCUGCAACAACAAUCACAAUAACUCAUAGACUAUUAAAGGUCCUACUUUCCUGCUUGCCUUGUAGAAAGUUUAAAUGCUUUUGUUGUGUAAUGUGUGUAAGGUGUGUAAUGAAGUUCCCACGGUGUUUCCUCUGUCUAUACACCAGAACCAAUAAAGUGGACUGAACAACGUC